AUGCAAUACAAACAAGAAAGUGGAAAAGUUGGUAUGAUAAAUACAUCUUGGAUACCUGUUUCAAAACCGUUAUCAUCGACUGAAGAUCCUGAAAUACAACGAACUCGAAAAAUUCUUUUAAUUAUACUUGGUGUUUGUCUUGCUUUUUCUAUAAUCGGCACAAUAAAUGCUAUAUCUGGAAAUGAAAUUGCUAAUCGUAUGCAAGCAACUCAACGUGGUGCACAAAUUGGUCAAUCUCUUAUAUCAGUUAUUUUCUAUGGAUUUGGAAUAUUCGUUGCCUAUAGAUAUUAUGAAACUGGUUUACGAGUGUUUGCUUGGCUUGGUAUAAUUGCAAUGGUUUUAUUUGUUAUUGGAAUUGUCUUGAUUAUUUUUCUUGUAAUCUCUUCUGGCAUAAACAAAAGUAAUCAUGUUGAGAAUAAGAAUUUCAUGAUUGGUCUUUCAAUAGGAAUUUUUGUGGUUGUUAUUAUUUACAUUGCUUGUUUGGUUCUUACAAUAAUUAUUAUAAAAUUAUCCUUCAAAUUGGCUAAACAAAUUGAAUCAAAAAAGUCUUUAGUCAUACAACGAAUCUAA